UCCGGGAAGAGAGGAUAUAGUGAAUGCGGGGUCCGGGGAGAGCGGAUAUAGUGAAUGCGGGGUCCGGGGAGAAAUGAUAUAGUAAAUGCAGGGUUCGGGGAGAGCGGAUAUAGUGAAUGCGGGGUCCGGGGAGAGUGGAUAUAGUAAAUGCGGGGUCCGGGGAGAGCGGAUAUAGUGAAUGCCGGGUCCGGGAGAGAGAGGAUAUAGUGAAUGCGGGGUCUGGGGGAGAGCGGAUAUAGUGAAUGCGGGGUCCUUGGCGAGCGGAUAUAGUGAAUGCGGGGUCCGGGGAGAGCGGAUAUAGUGAAUGCGGGGUCCGGGGGAGAGCGGAUAUAGUGAAUAUAGCAGUGGGCUCUCAUGGGGGCCCUGAUGUAAGGAGGGAGUCUGGGGGCCCUGAUGCAAGGAUGGAGUCUGAUGAAGCGGUGGGCUCUCACGGGGGCCCUGAUGCAAGGAUGGAGUCUGGGGGGCCCUGAUGAAAGGAGGG